AUGCAAUUCAAGACCGUUCUUUUCCUCUCGCUCACCGCUGGCGCCAUCGCUGGCCCUAUGUUUGCAGCACGGGAUACUGUCCUUCAGCGCAAGUCUGCUGAGGUUCAGGACUCGGAUGAUGCCCAGAUCUAUACCAUCGACGAUAAAGCUUCUAAUAUCGAAGACGCAGACGACACUCAAAUCUAUACCAUUGAUGAGAAAGCUUCUGCUGUUGAAGACGCAGAUGAGGCUCAGAUAUACCUUAUCGAAGACAAGGCCGCUGAUGUUGAAGACACCGACGACACUCAGAUCUACACCAUUAACACCAAGGCUGCAGACGUUGACGCAUAG